UGUAAAAGAAUUCGUACUUUUUUCUUGCGCAUCCCAAAGAAAACGUUUUUGUCUACGUCCUAAAACAUCAGUUCAACUAUUAAUUAAAUGUUUACAACGAAAAAUAUUAUUAAUUCAAAACCACGUCAGUAAAUAAAAAAGAAAUUACAUUGCUACCUCCCUCUGGUGUAAAAAGAAAACAAAUCAAAAUUCCCCACGCCUGAGUGCAACCAAUUUAUUCAACAAAUAAAAAUACAAGUGUUUAAGAAUAAUAUUUUGUUAUUAAAUUUUGUGUUAAUACCGUUAAUUACGAAUAUCAUAUUCAUGGAAUCGUGGUCAUAUCGAUUAAGGGAUUUUUCUUCUUUAGCAUAAAUUUACUGAUUUUAUUUUCGCAUUCAUUGCCUUCAUUCAACAAAGUAUUGCAUCAUAAAAUUUGUGAAGAAAGAAGUGAUUUCGUGAAAUUUUGAAAUUCAUAUCGAUUUGAUUUCUUAAAUAAAAAUUUAUAAAUUCAAUAAAAGUAUCCUGCAUUUUAAAGUUUUGAUUCCAAAAAGAAAAUUGCAGAACUAGCAGUGGAUUUGUUAGCAAGGAGGAACUCUAAUAUGCUAUCUGAAAAUAAUUGUAUGCUGCAAUUUGACAAUCACUCUUUUGUAAAAUUUGUUGUUGGCUUCAUUGGCCGGUGUUUUGACGUUACUGUGACUCUUUUGAGCACUAUUAUUGCUCUGUUUAUGAUUGUUUUUGACAACAAAUUGGCGGUACAAAAGAUUAAGUCAAUUAAAAAGAAAAAGUUCGGGAAGUUUGGUUUUGGUUUUAGUGGUUUUUCAAGUGUUAAAAGCAUUUUGAUGUGGAACUCCUGCAGAAGAGUUGAUCAAAUGCAACAAAAGUCUAUUAUUAGAUACUAUCAUUGGCACUGUCAAAGUAAUAUUUGUUGUUGUAACUAUUUGUCAUUGCGGGUUAAGUUAUUAUUGCUGUCAAAGAAGUGGAACAAUUUUAUGACAAACGUAGCUCAGGAAUACAGAGUCAUGAUGCGGGUUUGAGGGAAAAAAACCGCAGAAGACUCUUUUAAGAGCUAGUUAAGAGUUAAUCUUACAAUUCCUUUGCCUGAAACAAAAGGAAAUUAUUAUACUUCAAAAUGGCUGCCCAAAACAACGCCUCAUCCUGCCAGUCACGGCCAGCGAACACCAACAAAUAUCAACAAUCCGACCCAAAGUCAAACAAGAACCCAACCAACGCUAAUCCAAAGGACUCAUGCAACGACAAACCAAUCCAAUCAGAAUCUGAAGCAAACGACGACAACCAAGCAACUUUUACAAGUGAGAUCACCGAAUUUGCCCAGGAGAGGAAGACCGAUAUUGGUAAAACGUUAUCAACAACCGCAACGAUCCCAACAAUUGCAGCAACAGCAAGGACAUUCCUUUUUGAAGAAUUGCGAGAUAUUGAGCCAGGAAUCUUAUGCUCAACUAUUGAAUCAAAGCCAAGCAAUAUCGUCUCAGACCCAGCUAUCGAAUCAAAUAAAUCCGAAUCAAAUUCAAUUGUCGAAUCAGAACCAGAAUCAGAAUCAUCCGACGCUUAUAUUGAAUCGCAAUCAAAUAUUGAAUCAAAGUCCGCUACAGAAUCCGAAUCGUACUGCAAAUCAAAUCCAAUUAAAUUGUACAACGACUCAACCAAAUCUGAACCUGGCACGGACAGAGUUUUUAAGGAAUCACCAAAACCAAUUAAAUUAUACGACGACUCAACCAAAUCUGAACCGGGCACGGACAGAGUUUUUAAGUCAAUCCAAUCAAGAAUUGGAAAAGCAAAUAUUACAAGUGAAUCAAUUAAGAGAAUUAUUGAAAAUUCAACAACAGAAAACGCCAGAGCAGCUAAACCAAGAGACGAUAUUGGAAACACAAACUCCAAUUUACCAAAUCAUAAGUGUACCCUUUUUGACGAGGUCCUUUUUACCUACGCCUUUAAUGAAACAAAGGGAAACAAAAACGAACGGCUUAGUAAAACUAAAGCAAAUUAUAGUGAACGCAAACGGGAAAAACGGACAGAAAAUUAUACUCUGCCCGGAACAAGAGAAUAUUUCAGCGCGUUUGAAUUCAUUAAAUCAGCAGCAGCCGCCGAGCAGCAAUAUAUUGAAUACGCCAACGGAAGAAAGUUUAAACAAGACCAACUCUACCAAUACGAAUUUAACAAAGACAACAACAACAACACCAAGACCAACAACACCAUCUACCAAGAUGAUGGGCAUUCAAUUGUCUGGAGACGAGUACCAGGAUUUGAAUGGAGCACUGCAAAUUGCCGCAGUUGAAGAGUUAAUGGCUCCAGCAUGUCUUGACGAUUACUUUAUCGAAAUAAAUAACAUCAACGAUUUUGAUUUAACUAAAGGAACGUGCAAGCUUCAGGAACUCAACGAAAUGACCAUUAACCAGAUGAAUGUAAAUUAUGCAGGCCAACAACUGCAGCUGCUACCAGAGAACGGACAAGAACAAGAACAAUUAUUGAAAGAAAUACCAGGUGAAGAAAACAUUUACAAUAUUCUUCGCAUGCCAUACAGCGAAGAGCUGGUUACAUUAACACAACCACAAACAAUCGGACAUGAAACAACAUCACAAGAAUCUGAAUCACUAUUCUCACAAUACAUCGAUAUAAAAGCCGAUUCAUUGGAUAAUUCAACUUCUUCAUAUAUUGAAAUACCACCUGGUUCGCCAUUGCCUACAGAAAGUGACUGCAUAGCCACUUCCGAAUUGCACACAUUUAAAUACACAGAAGAUGACAAUUGUCAAAACAUUCAAGAUGACGAACUAGAAUAUUUUGUUCAAUUUUCACCAUCACAAUCCAUAGAACAACCAUUAUCUGAAGCACAACAUAGUCCAGUUUGUCAAAGCAAUAGCAGCGCCGAUGAGGAGGCAUUAGACCUCGAACAGAUUCUCAAGCAGUUGGAGGUACCUCAACAACAGCCACAACAACAAAACCAACAACAGUUACACCAACAACAACAACCAAAUAAUACAAAUCUAAAGAGGAGUAGUAAUCAUUUUGGAUCUAUUCAAACAAAAGUCGCAAAAAAACCCAAAAUGAAUAUACCUAUGCCUAGGCUCGUAACAGACGCCGGUUGCGACGAUAUCUUGGCCACAAUUAAAAUUCCAGACACCCCGGAGGUCUGUGACAUGGUCGAUAGUUGGUUAACAGAGGACAAUGAUGCGAGCAUACACUCGUUGAGCUCUUCGCCCAGCUGGAGUGGCACAUCAUUUGCUACACCAGACUUUAUCACAGAUUCCUUCACCCUCAUCGAGCCUAAAUAUGAAAAUCCUCCCAGCAUUGCCUCCUCAUACAUCUGCGAAGAACCAUUGUAUGCGACUCCAUCGCCCAGCAAUAGCAGCAGCAGCUCCACUCUCUACUCAACAAAUCCCAAUUCACCAGCUGUCUCUCAAUAUGGAAGCAAUAACGGCACCACCCGCAAACCCAGGGGCCGCCCUCCAAAACAACACAGUGACCUGCCUAACCCCGAGAUCCUUCGAAAUCUGCCCGAAAGCGAACGCAAACGCAUCGAAGAUCGUUGCAAAAACAACGAAGCCAGCCGUCAAUCGCGCCAAAAGAACAAAGAAAAGCAAUUGAUCCUGUUGGCCGAAGAAGAGCACGAAGAGCGCAGAAAUAAGGAGCUCAAGAGCAGAAUGAAACAUCUCGAAAAACAACAUCUCAAAUACAAAAAGGUCUUGUAUCGUAAAUUGGGAAAUACAAACUAAUUUUUUUUCAAAAAAAAAAACUAAACAGCUUAAUUGCAAAAAUAUAAGUAGAGAAUUUUAAGAACAUUGUAGAAACAAUAGUCCAUUAGUUGAGAUUAAAGCUUUAUAGUGAUUUAUGUAGAAUUAAAAUUGAACUCGUUAUAUCGUAUUGUGUAGAGUCUAAGUGAAUGUUAUUUGAGUAAUGUAAUAUACUGAACAUUUAAAAAUUAAAGAUUCAUAUUGUUUCAUGUUUGUGUUUAGAAAAUAAAUGUAGAAAUAAAUAUUAUAUAUGCUUGCAUAUGUAUUUAUCCAUAAAAACAAAAAUUAUCUUUAUAUAAAUUAAAU